UUUUAGACCAUGGCAACACCGGUGGAGGAGAUAUAUAUUAAUAGACGUUUGAUGUUUGACAAAUGACAAAACGUCAAGAUCGGAAACGGUUUAGCGAAAUUAAAUGGAGAAAAUCGCACUAGACAAUGUUGAAUCUGAUUCCGAUGAUGGAAGCGUUUCAAAGCUCACGUGGAAUAAGCUCCAAAAUGCCUGUCAUUCGCAAGGUUAUCGAGAAGGGCUGAUCGAAGGAAAAGAGCGAAAAUUACAAGAAGGCUUUGAUCAGGGCUACCUGUCAGGUUUCAAACAGAGUCAGAAUUCAGCAGAGAUGGAAGGAUUCCUAAGUGCUGUCAUGCUCCACAAUAGUCAUAGUUUGCAGAUAAAUGAAAAGUUGAAGACAGUUCUCGCAGGCAUGCAGGCUAAUCUAGGACAAAUAAAGAAAUAAACCCAAGUGAUCAUGAAACUGA